UUAUAUAGAUUUGUUGUAUGAACGCUAACCUCAGAGAAGUGAGUUGAGAAAUGUCGGUACCCAAAAAUCCUGGUUUGUUGGAGGAGGGAGAGGAAGAGGAGAGCUAUGGAAUGGUAGAGUCCAUGGACCCUGAACUGUACAGAGCAACUACAGAAGGUGAUAUUCUUGAAUUCAUAAAAGCGAUGGAACAUGGUACACUAGAUAGGCACAAUCAAUCAUCAGCCGGCUGUGUCCAACUAGGUCCUCAAAAAAACACAGUUCUGCAUAUUGCAACAAGCUGUGGGCACUAUGAGAUCGUUAAGCUUCUUUGCAAGGAGUUGCCAUUUUAUGUUGCUGAAAAAAACUCUAAAGGUGACACUCCACUCCACAUCGCAGCAAGAGUAGGUGACUCAUUGCUAGUCACUCUACUAAUCAAUUGUGAUUUGAGAGAAGGUGCUUUGGAAUUGGAGAAUGAAGAGCGUAAUACUGCAUUGCAUGAGGCUUUAGGGCAUCGUCAUCAGAAGGUGGCUCGAAUUCUCAUUGAUAGGAACCAAAGCGCAUGGUAUUCAGUUAAUAAGGAAGGGAAGUCCGUGCUGUAUCUGGCAGCAGAAGCAGGUUUUGUUGGUCUUGUUAAGCUGCUAAUGGAGAAUCCUGCUGGGAUAUACAGUGUCGAAGGGCGGAUCAGGAAUAAGUCACCAGUUCAUGCUGCUAUCCUCGGGAAGCACAUAGAUGUCCUAAGGAUAUUGUGGGAAAAGGACCAGUCCUCCUUCAAUUUGAGAUGUGAUGAGGGGAGAAAUGCACUUCACUUUUCUGCAUCUGUAGGUUUUCUUGACGGUGUCAAGUUCUUGCUAAGCAAUUUUUGCGCUGCCACUUACCAAAGGGACCUAUGCGGUUUCUUUCCAAUUCACACAGCAUCGAGCGAAGGCCAUGUCGACAUAAUCCAAGGGAUGCUCCAGCACUGCCCUGAUUCAAGGGAACUGCUCACUUUACAAGGUCAGAAUAUCUUUCAUGUCGCAGUCAAGAGUGGAAAUGACAAAGCAGUUAGUUCUAUGCUCAAAAUGCCAGAGCUGGAGAAACUCUUAAAUGAGAAGGAUGAUGAAGGAAACACACCUUUACAUCUCGCCACCAUUUGUGGGCAUCCCAGGAUAGUUAGCGCUCUAACAUGGGAUGAGAGGGUUGACCUAGAGCUCAGAAACAAAGACGGGCUAACAGUGCUGGACAUUGCUGAGGAAUAUAUGGAAACAAUGGCAUCAUUUCGGAAGCGACUGACAUGGAUGGCCUUGAGAGUUGCUGGUGCUCCACGAUCUCCACACACAAAUGUUUCCAGACAAACCUCAAGUGCUGGGCAAAAUGCCGAAUUAGAGAACUACAAGGACAAGGUCAAUGUAGUUCUACUGGUGGCAACACUAGUCGUGACUGUAACUUUCACUGCUGGUUUCACUGUCCCUGGUGGCUACAACAAUUCUGACCCGGACCAAGGCAUGGCAACCAUGCUAGCAAAAUUGAAGUUUCAGGAAUUUGUGAUUUGCGACACCAUAGCUAUGUACAGCUCCAUCAUAGUCACCAUCACUCUCAUAUGCGCACAGCUUGGUGAUCUCAGUUCGAUGCAUGUUGCCUUGAAAUUAGUAGUGCCACUUCUAGCUAUUGCGCUAGCCAUGAUGUCCAUAGCUUUCAUGGCGGGUCUUUACGUUGUGGUGAGCAAAGGCAGUUGGCUUGGCAAUAUUAUUCUGGUUAUGGGCUCCAACGUCGUCAUCGUGCUAGCAGCACUCUUCGUGCCCCUCUGCUUCUUGGGUUCAUCCAACUACUGCAUCUUUCGCCGACUCUCAUACUUUCCAUUUCGCCUCCUACUAUACACCUUUGGAAGCUAUACCGAACAUGAUGAAAGUGAAGAUUAAUGAAAUCCGUUCCCUUAUCUUUUGCGUCCUUUUGUUUCAAAUCUUUUCUCCACGACACGGUCAGUCUCAAAAAACCGAUCGUGUGGUGGAGAAGGAAUUUGAGAUAGAAGGACGGGGAAGAUUUGGAACCUAGCCUUGUGUUAUGUGUCUUGUGUGUGUAAUCUAGUUGUGGAAUAAGUGGAUUGGGACCAAUGAACUGUUGGUCUGGUGGUAUGUGGUUUGUAUAAUUAGACCACAAUUAUUGUUAAUACAUGUGUAAAUUAGUAGGAAAAGGAGCAUAUACAGAUGUAAUGAGUAAUGCCCAUAUCUAAUUAGACCUUUUCUUCUUUUGUUUUUUGUUUUGAA